AUGAUUUACCUGGGCCUAAGCAUCCUUUUUCGACACGCCUCAGCUAUUUUUGAUCAGCCCCUGGGGCACCAAAUUACUCAAUGGGUAAACACAAUCCCGAAUGAUGGGCUUCUUCACUUCUUCGGAUUUUUGGGGGCCGAAUACCUCAUUACGACAAAUGUGGAGAGCUUAUCCGAUGUUCUUACCAAUCGUUCGUAUCUGUUUCAGAAGACCAGUGGUCUCCACAGAUGGACAGUGCGCUUCUUUGGAGAGGGCAUUGUCAUCCAGGAAGGCGAAAAGCAUAAGCAAAAUCGAAAGUCAUUCGUCCAGGUCUUCAAUCAACGACAGGUUGACAAGCUAAAGCCGGUUCUAUCUGGGAAAGCAACUCAGAUUGUGGACCACAUCGAACAAAGAUGCGCAAAGAGUGAUGAGAAGCACCUGAAGUCUGCUAUUCUUAACGUCAGUGACUUGACAAAGGCAAUCACUCUCGACGUGAUGGGAAUCGUUGCCCUUGGUGUUGACUUUAAUACUAUUCUUGGCCAAAAUGUCGAGAUCACCGAUGUCUUUCAGACCCUUUUCUCCACUGGUGAUUUGAAAAAGUCUCAUUUUAUGUGGCACAACUCUGCUCCAUCUUGGCUUAUCAAAAUGUUCCCGUCCAAAAUAGAUCGACAAAUGGACGAUGCUCAUCUAAAGCUCAAGGUAAAUCUUGAAAAGUUACUUAAAGAAAAGCUCGCCACUUUAAAGAUGAAGGAUGUAUCUGAUGAGGAUAUCCUAACUCAAAUUGCAUGCUCCGGAGAUUUUACACCAGAAGAGAUCAUUCCACAGGUUGUUACGACACUUGCAGCUGGUUUUGAGAGCACAGCAGGCACAUUAGCUUGGACUCUUUACUGCGUUGCCACAAACUCAGAGGUUCAGAAGAGCUUACGACAGGAGCUACGUGAAGCCAAGGCCACAAAAGGCCAGUUAAGUGAGGCAGAUUAUGAAAAAUUACCCUUGUUAAAUGGUAUAUGCAACGAAUCAUCUCGUCUAUACCCUACAUUUGCCAUGACAAUGCGCAAGGCUACCUGUGAUACCUACAUCACCGGACGCCAUGUUCAAGCGGGUACAUAUAUUGUGAUUGUGCCCCGAGCAAUCAACCGAGCAAAGCACCUGUGGGGUGCUGAUUCUGAGGAGUUUAUACCGGAGCGAUGGAUCGAUAGAGCUGAUCCAGAAAACCCCAAAAUCAAUCCCACGGGAGGAGCGUCUUCACCCAUGAGCAUGCUUUCCUUCCUCUACGGACCUCGAAGCUGUGUUGGGCGGUCAUUAUCCUUGGCAGGAAUCAGGAGAAUGACAGCUCGGAUUGUUGAGCGGUUUGAGAUGGAGACGACAAGUUCAGUUGUCCCUGAGUCAACGGGCUGGCUUUCAUCGGCCCCUUCUUCCGAAUUACAGUUGAAAUUCACACAAAUAGAUGAAUAG